UUUUUUUUAAUUUUAUUUUCUUAAAUUUUUAACUUUUUCUCUCGUCACCAUGGCCUUCUGUGUCUGAGGGAAGGGUCUCUGUUCUCUUCUCCACUGUGCUCUGUUCACCUCGAUCGAACCGUACGGUUGGUUCCUUCCAGAACCUUCCAAACCAAAGCUUCGCAUCUUCGAUCUAUCGCACUAUCUCACCCUAACCUUCUUCCUCUUUUUAUAUUUCAUUUUUUUUAUUCAAUUUGAAAGAUGAAUGCGCGAGGCGAGGUCGGUUCACCGGAUCCGUUGGAUUCGUUCCCUCCGUUACGGGUUCGGGGAUCGGACGGUGCCUCGGACGAUUCCGAGUUCGAGCGGUAUUGCAGCGCCAACUCGGUGAUGGGGACGCCCAGCACCAGCAUGAGCCUCUGCAGCGCCGUUACGCUCUUCCACGAAUUCUCCGAUUGCGAUUUCGCUUCUGCCGGCGGCGAGGGUUUCGAGAAUUUCAGUUUGGGAAAAGGAGCCGCGGAGGUGAAUCGCGGCGGCGGCGGCGACCGGAGGCGGAGUUUGCGGUACGGUUCCAGUGGAUUGGAGAUGUACGGUGAUUGCAGUGAGGAGCUCUCUAUGACAGCGCUCGAUUCGUCGGAGUUUAUCGGGCUUAAUUAUCGGAUCGAAGAGUCGAAAGGGAACGGUGAAGUGAGUGGUGGAAAUGGUUUUGAAUUGGAAAUUGAGAAAAGAGAAGAAGAAGAAGUGGAAGAAGAAAAGGAGGAGGAGGAAGAAAAGGAGGAGGAGGAAGAAGAGGAGUUAUCGGAGGGUGAUGAUUCUAUGUAUGACUAUGGUAGUGAUGGUGAUGGUGGAAAUGAAAUGUAUUUGUGGAAAAAUAAAGGUUAUUUUGAGGAGCCGGAAGUGAGAAACGAGAACUCUUUGUUUAUGAAUUCUUCCGUGGCAUUUGGAUCGCGAGACCUGGAUGAUUUUUUGUUGCAGAGUGGUGACAUUUCUGUCAUGCCUGAUCUGUUUCAGAAUCAGCGAAAAAAGAAUGAUGGAGUGAAUAUGGGUUCUGGUCGAAAUGAGGAAGGGAAAGAUGAAAAGUACGUGGUCAGAGGCAAUGAAGUUGAAGAAACUAAAGAUGUUGGUUAUUUUGAUUCUGUAGAGGAGGUUAGGGAUAGCGAAAUUUCUGCAGAUUGCGAUCAUGUUCGAGAUUCUGAUAUGCUUGCUAACAUAGUGGAAAGUUCUCCCUCAAUAGAUUGUCGGAACCAUGUUGAACCGCAGGUCCAAGGUUCUGAUGAUUUGGUUAGUUGUCCUGAAACUUCGUCUAUUGUCAAGGUCGAUGAAGUUGAUUUGGAUAUGCUGGCGAAAGAAGCUCCUCCUCGGAAUAUGGGUUUGGAUGUUAAUGAUGGUGGUAGCAUGGAAAAGGGGAAUAUCAACAGUGAAGAAGCUAUUGCCGCUUGUGAUGCUCAUGGUUUAAAGUCAGAGUUGGAUGAUUCUAAGUUCAAUCUUGAUUGCCUUAGUGCUAGCCGAUUUGAUAGAAGUUCUUCCAUUCCAUCCAACCAUCUUGGGAAUGUUAACGCAAAAUCAUUUGAGAGUCUUGAGCAAAUUGAGCCAGUGUUGGACUAUGGAAUGAGGAAAACAUUAGAGAAGUCUUCCACUUCAACAAAUCUUUUAGAAAAAAGUCCUGUGGUAUCUAAGACAGAAGACUUUGAGCUAAAUGAAUUCUAUGAUGAGGUUGUUCAGGAAAUGGAAGAAAUUUUACUGGAAUCUGUGGAUUCUCCUGGGACUAGGCUUUCCAUGCGUGACAGAUUUGCUGAGCCUCAAUUUUCUAUGCCUUCAAGAGACGGUGGAUUGACUGCUUCUACUUCUAGUAAAGAUGAUGCUUACCUGCUAGUUCAGUGCCCAAGAAAAAUAGAUAGGAUUGAAGUGGUAGGUGCAAGGCAGAAGAAAGGGGAUGUUUCUUUCAGUGAAAGAUUAGUUGGAGUGAAGGAAUACACUGUGUAUAAAAUAAAAGUGUGGAGUGGCAAGGAUCAGUGGGAGGUUGAAAGGAGAUAUCGUGAUUUCCUCACUCUCUAUCGGUACAUGAAAACCUUAUUCUAUGAGCAAGGCUGGAAAUUACCUUUGCCAUGGUCUUCAGUUGAAAAGGAAACCCAGAUAUUUAGAAGUGCAUCGCCUGAUAUUAUUGUGAAGAGGAGUGUUCUCAUUCAAGAGUGUUUACAGUCUAUUAUCCGUUCCAGGUUUUCUUUAAGUCCUCCCAGAGCAUUGAUUUGGUUUAUAUCCCAUCAAGAUUCAUAUCCUAUUUCACCUGUGUCAAAUGCACCAGUGUCUCAGUCUUCUUUUACAAGAGGGGAAAAUACCAGAAGCAUUUCCAAUUUAGGAAAAACAAUUUCACUUAUAGUUGAAAUUCCACCAAACAAAUCUGUGAAACAGUUGUUAGAAGCACAACAUCACACCUGUGCUGGAUGCCAUAAGCAUUUUGAUGAUGGAAAAACUUUGAUUCGGGAUUUUGUACAGACAUUUGGAUGGGGGAAGCCUCGACUUUGUGAAUACACGGGCCAGUUGUUUUGCUCUUCUUGCCACACAAAUGAGACCGCAGUCUUGCCAGCCAGGGUUUUACAUCAUUGGGAUUUCACUCACUAUCCUGUUUCUCAGCUGGCAAAAUCCUAUCUGGAUUCUAUAUAUGAACAGCCCAUGCUUUGUGUCACUGCCGUUAAUCCCUUCCUUUUGUCAAAGGUCCCAGCCUUGCUUCAUAUUAUGAGUGUCAGAAAAAAGAUAGGUACAAUGCUUCCAUAUGUUCGCUGCCCAUUUCGGAGGUCUAUCAACAGAGGACUUGGAAACAGGAGAUAUCUUCUUGAAAGCAAUGACUUUUUUGCUCUUAGAGAUUUGAUUGAUCUUUCCAGAGGAGUCUUUGCUGCACUUCCUGUGAUGGUGGAAACUUUAUCAAGGAAAAUCCUGGAACACAUUACUGACCAAUGCCUUAUAUGCUGCGAUGUGGGAGACCCCUGCAAUGCCCGACAAGAUUGCAGUGACCCAUCUUCACUCAUUUUCCCAUUUCAGGAAGACGACAUUGAAAGGUGCAAAGCUUGUCAGUUGGUGUUCCAUAAGCGUUGCUUUAAAAAUCUUGCAAACUGUCCAUGUGGGGCUCAACUCAGAUUGAAUGAGACAAGGAGCUUAACUAACAGAGCAAGCCAAAGAGGAGGAGGUGGUGAAUCAAGAGGAGCUUUGAACUUGUUAGGCAUGGGACUGAGUUCUGGGUUGUCACCUAGGUUCCUCUCUGGAUUAUUUACGAAAGAAAAGCCAGAGAAGACUAGGGAGCAUAAAGACGAAAAUAUUAUUUUGAUGGGUUCCUUACCAAGUACCUCUUUAUGAUCACAACCUGUACCGUCUAUAUCUUACGUUGAUCAGCUAUACCAUCCAUAUUACAUCUUAGGAUGCUUCUUCAAUAAUCACAAAUGUCCAUGUAUUCGGUUUUUGAAUUUGUCAUUCGUUGUAAAAAAAAUAUAUAUUCAUGUAUAGUGUGAAGUCAUGUUUCUUCAAAAAGCAUUAUUUUCCUUUACCUAUGUUAAAAUAGGAGAAACAAAGAGAAAUUAAGUCUGAUGGUGGUUGUGUCGGCCAAAAAGCUCUUUGAAGGUGCGGCAGCGUUGACUGUGAUCAGAAGAAGUCAUCGAAAAAAAAUCAUCAGAAAAGAUGUAGCGUGUUGAAGGCUCCACCGGGGAUAAUGGACCCUUGGUGAGACACGGUUCUUGUUAUUUCUCUGUCAGGUUCUAGAUACAAUGUUUAAGAAGAAUGUGUUUGUUUUGAAGGAGAGAAAAAAUAUAAAAGGGAUGGGAUCCACACCUCUUAUGUUUUAA